ACUCCUGUUCCUUUAUGCCCAGCAGGUUCUGCCCCCACCCCCACAGUUUUGCCAUCUCCUCUGGAGGAAGGGACACGGAUCUCUGCCAAAGACAAAAUUCGAACAGGCUCUCAUAGUUUGUCUUUCUCCUCCCUGUUUUUCUUCAGGGCUAACCUGGUAGAUCUUCAGAAGAAGCUGGAGGAAUUGGAACUGGAUGAGCAGCAAAAGAAGAGGUUAGAGGCUUUCCUCACCCAGAAAGCCAAGGUUGGGGAGCUGAAAGAUGACGACUUUGAGAGGAUCUCCGAGCUGGGAGCUGGUAAUGGUGGGGUAGUCACCAAAGUGCAGCACAAACCCUCAGGACUCAUUAUGGCACGAAAGCUGAUUCACUUAGAAAUUAAGCCCGCCAUUCGUAAUCAGAUUAUCCGAGAGCUGCAGGUGCUGCAUGAGUGUAACUCUCCAUACAUUGUGGGUUUCUAUGGAGCUUUCUACAGCGAUGGGGAAAUCAGCAUCUGCAUGGAGCACAUGGAUGGAGGCUCCCUGGAUCAAGUGUUGAAGGAAGCCAAAAGGAUUCCUGAGGAGAUCUUGGGGAAAGUCAGCAUAGCCGUUCUGCGAGGUUUGGCAUAUCUAAGAGAGAAGCAUCAGAUCAUGCACAGAGAUGUGAAACCUUCUAACAUCCUGGUCAAUUCCCGAGGAGAGAUCAAACUGUGUGACUUUGGGGUUAGCGGUCAGCUCAUCGACUCCAUGGCAAACUCCUUUGUGGGGACUCGAUCCUACAUGUCUCCUGAACGGUUGCAAGGCACUCAUUACUCAGUUCAGUCUGACAUCUGGAGCAUGGGGCUCUCCCUGGUGGAGCUGUCUAUCGGAAGGUAUCCAAUCCCCCCACCUGACUCCAAGGAACUGGAAGCGAUAUUUGGCCGCCCCAUGGUCGAUGGGGCAGAGGGAGAACCUCACAGCAUCUCACCGCGGCCCAGACCCCCAGGGCGCCCUGUCAGUGGCCACGGAAUGGACAGUCGGCCUGCAAUGGCCAUCUUUGAACUGCUGGACUAUAUUGUUAAUGAGCCGCCGCCGAAGCUGCCGAGUGGAGUUUUCACGCAGGACUUCCAGGAGUUUGUAAAUAAAUGCUUAAUUAAAAACCCAGCGGAACGGGCAGAUCUGAAGAUGCUGAUGAAUCAUGCCUUUAUCAAACGCUCUGAAGUGGAAGAGGUGGAUUUUGCAGGCUGGCUGUGUAAAACACUGCGGUUAAACCAGCCCAGCACCCCUACCCGCACCGCUAUGUGACAGCAAAGCAAACUGCCUUGUAUCCAUACAUCUGCCUGUCUGUCACUGUUUCCUGCCCUUCAGUAGAAGACAGACCCGCCCUCCUUCCUCCCCAUCCCCUUCCCACCCUGCUCGUAAACAGCAAAGCACCAUCGUUUGGGAAAUAUCCCUCAUCCAACAAACGAGCAGAAACGGGCUUGCUUCCUUUUUUGUUUUUUGUUUCCCAUGCCUGCGUUCAAGCGCAGCUGAGUCUUUGGAGUUUCUGACAUUUGGGAAGUGUGGUGCUGCUUGUGUUGUCUCUUUCGAAAACUGUUCACUUGGGUUAAAAAAUACGCGGAGGGAGGGUGGGAGGGAGAUCACAUGCUUGGUACACUUUUGGUGUGGGUUUGGAAAGGGCUAGUGUAGAAAGCUCUCGCGCUGAGCACAGAGAAAACUACCACUGCAGAAUGGCGGGGGUGAGGGCAGGCCAAGUUGCCAAAUGGUACAGCUGUUGCAUGUGAGUUGGCAGAGAGCAAGAAGGGGAAGUGAAGGGGUUAGUGGAUUCCUUGAGGGUGCUUGGGGAAAUUAGCAGGUGCACUGCAAGAACAAAGAGAGGGUUGCUGGGUAAAUAUUUUUAGCCUAGCUGGGGAAAGAGGAGUAGCAUUAAAUUCUCUCUCGCCCUCCUUUUGUCUGUCUGAAGCCUUUCUUCUCCCUUUGUGCAGUUCCCUCCUGGACACAGCUGGCUCCAUCCUGGGCUACUGAAUGGGGCUGGGAGCCUACUAGGAAAGGGACAUGAGUCUGAGCCAAUUGAUAACAGAUUGCAGGGCAAUAUUGGCUGCUCUUCAGGUCAAUGUGAAGCUCAGGGCAAGAAGCUUUUUGCAGGGAGCUUGGGGCUAGCAGAAUUGUGUUGGAGGAGAUUGCUCCCUCCUGCGAUUGCAGCAGCAUUACUGCCCGGCUACCCUUCCACGCUGUGAAAGGAAGCCUGUCUUGUACCCGACUGUUGGUGAGAGAAAGGGAAAGUCGCCGUUUCUCUGUAGCUCUGGCACGUUCUGCCACCAGCGCAGAGAUGCUGUCUUGGGAACGGAGUUCCUAGCUACUGGCCUGGGGAAGAAAAGUCUCGAUCUUUCAGAUCUUCUCCCGGCACUGACCAGGCUGAUCUAGCAGCUACCUGGGAGUGUGUUGCAUACCCCAAAGGCUCUGGGAGUCCAGCUGAUCCUUUGCGCAUUUUCUCAGCUGCUCCAGUCCAGUGAGAACCAUCUUCCCCAGGAUCUAUGGCACGUGAACAAGCUUUUUGAAACUUUUUUUUGGAGAGGCAGGGAGAAAUGCCUCCAAUCCUGCAGGAAGCCACACAGCCGGUUUCCACCUGGGGUUCUUUACCUCUUUGAAGAAUUCCCCAGGCUACCUGCCAGGGGUCAGAGUUGCUGGGCUUUGUUUUGUGUUUCUGCCGGCACUGAUCUUUUUCACCAGUCUCCUCCUGAGGAGUUCAAACCUGUCAUCUCCCCCAGAAGGUGCCCAGUUUGGAAAUCCCCUUCCUUCCCUUCCUCUGGCUGAUCUCACUGGGUUAGUGGCUUUUUUUCAACAGUAUAAAUGCAUUCAACCAGCAGCCAUCAGACACCAGGCAAGGUAGAAGAGCGGGCCGAGGGAGCUGCAACUUCAGCCGCCUCAUGACUGGCUGGCAAGAUGCUGUACGAUGCCACUGGAGGAAUGAAACCGCACACCGGGACUAGUUUUGUGACAUAACUAGCCAAAAACAGUCAAGCCUCUGGGGAAGACUUCCCCAAGGAUCAUUGGGUGCCGACCUUCCAUUGGCGUUAAUGGGAGCUGGGUGUCUUAAAUGGACCUCAGUUCUCCCCCUGUGGGCCCUCGUGGUGGGGGAAAGGCCUCUCAAAGCCACACACCCAUGGGGCACGUUUCUUUCCCCUUUUGAUAAAUAAGGAUUGUUCCCUCCCCCCCCAGUGGUGGCUGAACUGCUCCGCAGAGCUACCUACACCGUUGCAGCCCUGGUCCCAGGCUCACACUGUUCUAUUGCAGCUUCAGCUCCAGCAGAUUAGGAGUCCUGUCCAGUGAAACAACCCCCUUGAGCUAAUGUUCGUCAGGGCUAGAUGCACCGGGGGAAGCUCUGCUACUGAAGAGUUAUUACAGCUCUCCCCAUUGCUUGGCAUUCCCUGCCCGAGGCCAGUAUAAAUCCCUGUGCAAUGUAGCUCCAUUGGAGUGGAGAGGUAACUCCAAACCUGCUUCAUCUAAUGACAAUCCUCUGAACCAAGAAGAUCUCCCUAGAAUGGGUACGCCGGUCGUACGCGCUUUGCUGCGGCGGGGCUGGGCAUAGUGUCUUGCCCUGACCCAAAUGCUUUGGGCAAAAAGAUCUUGCUUUCUGCCUUUCCGCGUGAGCAGCUUGGCUCUCAGAAGUGUUCUGCUGCAAACUGGGCAGGGAGACCCAGCUGGCGAAGUGGCAGUGACCAUCCGAGGUAUCUCUUUGCUCCUGCCGCUCCAUCAGUGUGUGAGCUGAUGCAGGUGUUAAGUCUGAGGAAGCCUCUUGUGGGUCUUGAUUAGGCCUUGCUUGUCUUGUGUGCCUGGCAGUAGUAUGUAUGGAAUUCACCAAGUGUAUUUAUCUCAUCUUUCUUUGCGUGGAUCUGGUUCUUAAUUUUCUUGAGGGAACGGAAGAAGAAGUUAAACAAUAGCUAACCGGAAGAGCCUGCUCACCUUUGGACUCUUGCUUCUUUCAAGCUACCUCUCUAGUUUAGGGAAUGAUAGGUACGUACCUUGCAGAUACGGGAGCAAGGAAGGGCCCUGUUCUGCUGGUGGAGUCUCACUAGGUGGGAAGAUGACCUGCGUGUCUCUGAGUCACAUGGACAGGGUCUGUUGAAAGAGGCUUUUAUGCUUUUUUUUUUUUUUUUUUUUAAUGUUCCCUUUCUUUUCCUCCCUGACUUAGAAAUACAAGCCAUAGGAAUGACUCAUUCCCUUGCCCUCUUGGCUUUGCGGGGCGGGUCUCUUUGCGGGGCGAGUUCCAUUUGGCUAGAUCCUAGAAAUCUCGUCUUUGUCGGGUUUCCUGACGCACAAUGUCUUGGCUUCAUGGGCAGAGGCUCUCUGUGUCCUCAGCCCUAGCGUUCUUGUGCUGCUGUUAAUGGAACAACCUGAGCCAGCCUGUGGUGGCUGCAGAUGUUAAUGAUGAACUUGUAAAUUUGGGGAAGUGGAGGGUGUGUGCGUGAUUGGUAAGGCUUGGUCACAGCUGGUUUGCAAUGAACAGUUCUGUGAUUGGGUAGGCAGAAGGCAUAUCUGUGUUCCUCUCCCCUCCAAAAAAGCAUACAUUCUUUUCCACUUGGGAAUGUAUUGACCUGAAAAGGAAAGGGUGCCGGGGGAGAACCUGAUCACUCAUGAAGCACACACUGUCUGUAUGGUGUAGGUUUCACCCCCUUGAUGAAGGGCACGGUGCCAGUCAGUGUUGAGUAGUCUUUCAACAAGCACGUCGACAGUGUAAUAAUUUAAUGAGGGGUGGGGGAUUCCCUCUCCAUAGAUGCAUUUCAUGCUGCUGACUGUGGUUCAGAUGUGCUGGGUGUUUUAAAAAAAAGGAAAAAAAAACAAAAAAAUUAUAGUGCGCUGUGCUUAUUUUUUCAAAUAGUACCAGUGGCCCAAGCACUGAUGUCAUUUUUACAUGUUUGAAGGCCUUUAUUUUUACCCUGGAGUUACCCUAUUUGAUCAGAUUAUCAAGUGCUCUCCUCCCUGGGUUCUAGUUAAUCAGACCAAUGGGACGCUAAUGCAGCAAAACCGCUGAGGGGGCAUCUCUUACUCUGCUCCAGUGAAUGUCUGUAAAUAUUUUACAAUUACCUGAAGCCCAGAAGAAGGAGAGACCAGUUCCACUCCUGCUCCAAAUCAAAGCUCAUGCCGCAGGCUUUAGAUUUCGCUCGAGUUUUGCCUCUAUCCAUUUCUGCAACAUCCAUUUGCCGGUGUCCCUUGAUAUUUAUACAGCGGCUCAAUAGCUAGAGGGAAGACGUGGCUAACAGUAAAGAUUUGAGAGCUAAAAUCUGAAACAGCAUCACCAAAUGGCAGUCUGCCUGUUUGUAUGUUUUCCAAUAACCCAUUAACUUUUUUUUUCCUAGAGUGCACUUAUAUUCCAUCAAAUCUGGUAACUCCUGAGGAUUGAAUGUAUUAUACAAAGUGUUUGGGUUAAUGAAAAAAACCCAAUUCUAAUUGAAAUGGUGAGGUCAUGUGCUUUGAAUGACUACUGUUCUUUUGGUCAUGUAUAUGAACCAUAAGGCUCCGGGGGGGUGGGGAGUAUCUUUUUUGCCUCUUAUUUAAAUAAAAAGUGGUAGGGAGUUGUACAACUGAAAAGCUUUAGGGUAUUUUUGUUUUUAUUUUGCUUUUGCGCUUGGUUUUGGAGGUGAAGGAGAAAGUGUAUUGAGCAUUUUGUUGGUGCAAUUUUUUUUAACUCUAUUUUCAUCAUGGAAAAAAAUAAAUGGCACUUUACAUUAAAAA